UGUCACAGUGGAAGUGAGAUUGUAUUCACUUAUUUUGUUUCUAUGGAUACAGGAGGAAAGUAGAAGUGCCAUCGUGUGGUGUUGUAUAGGGGUGUAUGUGAAGAUUAGUAAUAGGAGAUAAAGAAGAGAUUAAAUUUCGAGUGUGAAAGGGUCUUCACAUUAUGACAUGUGUGCACUAGGUGUGACCAAGGUUAAUCUUUAUAGUGUGAAAGUGGUUUGUCUACAAUAUUGGAGCUAGUUUGAAUACAUACCUCAUUUCUUUCAGCCGAGGAAAGGCUUUUCAAAGUAAAUUCUUAGUUUUAUUCAGCCCAGGAUGGGCAUUGUUUGAAGGAAAUAUCCAGGUGGUUAAAUACAAAUUAGAUUUAAUCAUGCUCCUUGCACUGGGCAAGUAGUAAGGAUUUUUGAGACAGACACACCUAGCCUAUAGAGGAGACAGGUACCUUUUCCAAGGGCCUCUUUGACUUUUUUUCGACAUGAGUUUCUCUACAUGAGUUAUUAAUUUCAAGAGUUUGUUUUCAAGUGAUUUCAAGGCAAAAGGAAAGACCUGCAAUUGUAAUGACAGGCAAAUUCUUCAUUACGAUGAAUUUUCUCAAGCAUUUAUAAAGAGCACCAACGAUGGCACGUAGUCUGGGGCAGGAGACACACCCCAUCCAACUCUGAUCCAACUACCAGUAAACUCAGCACUCAGGAGUCAUGUACGAUCAUCACGACACAGCUUCGUCUUAACUACAUAAAGGAUUCUCAACGUCAAAUCUUCAAGCGGUGACGUAUGACAUUUGAUCAAUUGAGAGAGUGACACAACUAUGAAACAUUUGGAACGAUUUUGAGCGGUGUCAUUUUGAGAGACUAUAAAUCCAUCUUAGUUUGUGAGAGUUAUAAUGCGGUUCGUUUUUCAAGUUUAAAAAGGUUCAUUUCGUAAAUCAGUUUGUUGUUAUAUAUUUUUGUUUUAGGUUUGUACUCUGGUAUAUUAUAAAGUCAUAGAAGAAUAGUAAAACAAACUUUGGAUUGAUGUUUGUUUGUAAUCUGGUGUAUUGAGAAGAAAAGGGUAGCAAGACAAGACUUAUGAAUAAUUAAAUACAUCAGUAUUGGUGAUAGAACAUAGAUCUUUUGAGUCUGUUAGUUUUUUUUUUGUUUAUCUUUGAUGAGUGAAUUUGCAAAGUAUAGUUAUUUUCAUGUGACAAUUUUUGGGGGCUUGUCCGGGAGCUAAGAUUCACUCAUCAGUCACAUGAAAAUGUUUUUCAUUAAUCUUGAGGCAAAUUUAUAGUUAUAGGGAUUAGUCAUAGGAAUUAGGUAGUAAACAUUACAGAUUAAGGAAGUGAUAGAAUUUGAAUUGUUUUGUAAAGGUUGGUGUGUCUGAACCAAAGUCCUUGUUAGAUUUUUGUUUGUAUGGAAGUUUGAAAUGGAUCCAGAAAAAUAUUUGAGGGUUGGUCAAGCUCUUGGGUUUAGUGGAAAAGAACUCCAAGAUUAUGUAGAAAAAGAACAGAAAGAUGCUCAGAGAGACGCGAGAGGUGAGAGAGCGGAAUUGUUAGAAUUGAAGAGACAGGAGAAAGAGAUAUUAGAACUACAAUUGGAAUUAGCAAAGGCUAAGCAGGAUGGUACUUCAGACCCAGGAGGUCAGUCUAGUAGUAAUCGAAGUUCGGCUAGGACCCCUAAACUCCCAGCAUUUAAUGAUGGAAAAGAUGAUAUUGAUGCGUAUUUGCAUCGUUUUGAGAGAUAUGCGAUAGGGCAAGGUUGGAAGAAAGAAGAUUGGGCAAUGAAUUUAAGCGCCCUUUUGAGUGGAAAGGCUCUAGAUGUUUAUUCUCGUUUACCAGAUAGGGAUGCUAGUGACUUUGAUGAACUUAAGGCAGCCUUACUGCAGAGAUAUGAUUAUACAGCAGAGGGAUUUCGGAAUAAGUUAUUCACUAGUAAACCAGAAGCGGGUGAGACUGGUCACCAAUAUGCAGCCAGAAUUGGGAAGUAUUUUGAUAGGUGGAUAAAGUUAGCUGGAAUAAAGGAGAAUUUCGUAGAGUUGAGAGAUCUCAUAAUAAAGGGACAAUUUGUAGAUGGUUGUAGUAAAGAACUGUCACUCUUCCUUAGGGAAAGACAACCUUCUGAUUUAGAGACUACCGCUGAACUAACAGAACAAUACUUAACAGCCCGUGGGGGUAUGUUCACUCAGUCAGGUUCUAGACAAAUCAGAAACCAGGAUAGAUUUGUAAAGAAACCCGAAGGUAAGAUUUAUAACUCAGAACCCAAAGGUGCUUUCGCAAAUCAACCAAUUGAAUGUUACAAUUGCCACAGAAAUGGACACUUAGCCAGAAAUUGUACAGUAAAACCUAUGACUAACACUCAAACCAGUCCUAACAUGCCAAAGACAUGUUAUUUGUGUCACAAACCGGGACACUUCGCAAGGAAUUGUAAUUACAAUCGACCUAGACUAGGUGCUGCUUUUUCUAAUAUGAACCAAACUAUUGAUAGCAAUGCAAGUCCACAUAUGCAGCAGUUUAGGACAUACCCAGAGCAAUCUAGGUCACUGUCUGCAGAAGCCCCACCAUUUAGGACAGAUCAAGGUCAUGCUAUGUCUUAUGUGCCCAACGAGCUUAGGACAAAUAAUUAUGAAUACUUACCAGGCCAACCAAGUUUAAAUGACCAAUCAUCCCACACAGAUGUUAGAUUCGACCCAGUAGCAUCAUGUAUGGAGAUAAAUGAUUCACCGCAAUCACUCCAUUCUUGUUGUUUGCCAGAUAACCAAGAUCACAUCACCCUUCAAUGUGGUCAUUCACUUCCAAUUGUAAGUGCCGCAUGUAAUAGCAAAGUAAAUAUAGAUAAACGAAUGCCAGUAACAAAAGGUAUUGUUGGAAAUAAACAGGUCUCAGUACUUCGGGACAGCGGCUGCAGCAGUGCUGUGAUCCGUCAAAGUUUGGUACUUCCAGAACAAAUGACAGGUAAGGAAACCACAUGUAUUUUAAUAGAUGGGACUGUAAGGAAAGUUCCAGUUGCAAGAAUCCAUGUUGAUACACCCUACUUAGUCAAAACAAUUGAUGUACUUUGCAUGAAGAACCCCUUGUACGAUCUUAUUCUAGGUAACGUGCAAGACAUCCUCCCUCCAGAUCACCCAGACCUCAAUUGGACUCCAACGACACAGGCAAAUGCUGUUCAAACUAGGAAUCAAGUCAAGAAUGAAGGUAAACCACUUCGACCACUUAAAGUUCCUAAACCCUUACAGGAUGUUGUCACUCCAGAGAAACUUAAGGACGCUCAGCAGACUGACGAAUCACUUCGUCGUGCUAGAGAACUAGCAGAUUCCCAACAAGAGAAAACUAAUAAUCGAAAUGCAACUUCUUCCUAUUAUUACAGAGAUGGUAUAUUAUUUCGCAAGUUUCAUUCCCCUAAUGUUGAACAUGACAGUGUCUUCCACCAGGUAGUUGUGCCCAAGUCACUUCGAACUCGAGUGAUGCGCCUAGCUCAUGAAACCUUAUUUGGAGGCCACCAAGGUGCCAAGAAGACUACUGACAAAAUAUUAACCAAUUUCUUUUGGCCAGGAAUCACCUCUGAUGUCACCAGGUAUUGUCAAUCAUGUGACGUAUGCCAACGCACCCUACCGAAAGGUAAAGUAACCAGGGUUCCUCUCGGUACCAUGCCACUAAUAGAAAUUCCAUUUCAACGUAUUGCAGUUGAUAUUGUAGGUCCAAUACAGCCCAUGACAGAACGCCGGAACAGAUACAUCCUCACCAUCGUAGACUACGCAACUCGGUAUCCAGAGGCCAUACCACUACCAAGUAUCGAAGCUGAACGGGUAGCUGAAGCCUUAGUAAGUGUAUUCACAAGAGUAGGUAUUCCUAGUGAAAUGCUAACUGAUCAAGGCUCUCAGUUUACGUCUGAAGUAAUGAACCAUAUCAGUAGACUUCUCUCUAUCAAACAGAUAACCACUUCACCAUAUCAUCCCAUUGCCAAUGGAUUAGUGGAACGUUUCAACGGCACACUGAAACAGAUGCUGAAACGCAUGUGCGCUGAACGUCCAUCAGAUUGGGACAGGUACGUUGAACCUUUGCUUUUUGCCAUUAGAGAAUCUCCACAGGAAAGCUUGGGCUUUUCUCCUUUCGAACUUCUUUACGGCAGGAAGGUUCGUGGACCAAUGGCGAUCUUGAAAGAACUAUGGACAGGUAAUGUGGACGUAGCCGAAACCAAGACAACAUAUGAGUAUGUAUUAGAAUUAAGAAACAGGUUAGAAGAGACAUGCCAGGAAGCUCAUCGAUCACUCCAGAAGUCAGCUACUCGCUACAAGAAACAGUACGACAAGAAGAGUAAGGUACGUUCCUUUGUACCAGGUGACAAAGUCCUUCUCUUACUCCCCACAGAUCGAAGCAAACUACUCCUUCAGUGGAAAGGACCUUUCAACGUGAUUGCCAAAAUCGGUGCAUCUGACUACCGGAUAGAUCUGAAUGGCAAGACGAAGGUCUUUCAUAUCAACCUUCUGAAGAAGUAUAACGUACGACAAGACGAGGUAAGUUCUCUUUCUCACCCACUAAUGACCCUCACAGAACCAGAGAUAGUUGCUACCGCCGUCAUAGAAUGCGAAGAGGAUACAACAGAGACAUCUCUUUCUAACAAAGCUUUACUCCAACCAUUUCCUCUUGAUUCACAGGAAACCGUAGCCGAUGUGACGAUCAACCAAGAUCUAACCUCUACCCAAAGGAAAGAAAUUAAUCAAAUACUAACUGAAUUUCAAGAUACCCUUACAGAUCUUCCAGGCCGGACUACACUAGGUCACCAUGACAUCAAACUGACAGAGGAUGAACCACGCAGGAGCAAACCAUACCCCAUUCCUCACGCUCUCCGACAGACAGUCAAAGAUGAAGUACAGAAAAUGCUUGCACUUGGAGUAAUUGAACCCUCUAACAGUCCAUUUGCUUCUCCCAUAGUGUUAGUUAAGAAACCGGAUGGCAGUAACAGAUUCUGCGUUGAUUACCGCAGGCUCAAUCAAAUCACAGUCUUUGACGCCGAACCAAUCCCUGACCAAGAAGAACUCUUCACCAAGUUAUCACAUGCCAGGUAUUUCACCAAAUUAGACCUCAGUAAGGGCUACUGGCAGGUCCCCAUGUCAGAGUCAGCCAAGCACCUUACUGCGUUCCUAACACCCGAUGGUUUAUUUCAGUUCACCAUGAUGCCGUUUGGCUUAGUCAAUGCCCCGGCGACUUUCAGUAGACUUAUGAGGAAAGCCCUCGAGGGUCUCCAUGGAACAAUCAAUUACAUAGAUGAUAUACUAAUCUAUUCCUCCACUUGGUCAGAACAUGUACAGGCACUGAAAGAGCUUUUCCAGCGACUCCGUGCUGCUAACCUCACUGCCAAACCAAGUAAGUGUCAUGUAGCUCAAGAACAGGUAGAAUUCCUAGGACAUGUCAUAGGUAAAGGUGAACUAGCACCAAGACCGCAGAAGGUAACUGCAAUCAACGAAAUCAGUAAGCCUCAAACUAAGAAACAGUUGAGAUCAUUCCUAGGUACUACAAAUUACUAUCGUAAGUUCAUUCCGAACUACUCGGCAAUCGCCGCCCCCUUGACUGACAAGUUGAAAAACAGUGAACGAAAUCAGGUAAUAUGGGGAGAGAAUGAAGAGCAAGCUUUCCAUACUCUCAAGUCCAAAUUGAGUAAUUUUCCCAUAUUACGACUUCCCGACCUCACAAAGAAAUUUGUGUUGAGAACAGAUGCAUCCGACAACGGCAUAGGCGCCGUUUUGUUACAAAAGCAUGCUAACGAGAAAUUCCCAGUCGCAUAUGCUAGUAGAAAGUUGAAGGAUAGUGAAAAGGAUUACGCCGUGAUCGAAAAAGAAUGUUUGGCGAUCAUUUGGGCCGUCAAGAAGUUUGAGACAUAUCUCUAUGGAAACCAGUUCGAUCUCGAAACCGAUCACCAGUCCUUAACGUACAUUCAUCGUACUAAAGUAGCCAACCCAAUGGUCAUGCGAUGGGCACUAGCUUUGCAGCCCUAUCGAUUUCGACUAGUGUCAAUAAAAGGUAGUGAUAACGUAGGGGCAGAUCUCCUCAGCCGCUUGUAAAUAAAUUAAGGAACGUCGGGAAAUGACACAAGUUUAAAAAAAAGUGUCUUCUUAACGUUAAUUGAAAAUAGGUUGAGAAACAAAUGUGAAAAAUAAAAUUCCCAGAAUAAAGCUCAUUUGGGAUUUAUUUUCAGAAUUAAUGAAGAAAAUGACAAAUUAAAGCAGUGUCAUGAAAAAAGAUAAAGUAGAUUUUGUUAUUUGGUACAUUUGAUAAAUAUGUGUCAUUAUUUUUCUUUUGAGACCUAAAUGAUAAUUUUAUUGUGAAAUAAGCAUAUGAUGCAAAAAGGACGAAUUAAUGCUUAUCUUUCUAAAUUAGUGAAUACAAUUUUAGAUUGGGGGGUAAAAUGUCACAGUGGAAGUGAGAUUGUAUUCACUUAUUUUGUUUCUAUGGAUACAGGAGGAAAGUAGAAGUGCCAUCGUGUGGUGUUGUAUAGGGGUGUAUGUGAAGAUUAGUAAUAGGAGAUAAAGAAGAGAUUAAAUUUCGAGUGUGAAAGGGUCUUCACAUUAUGACAUGUGUGCACUAGGUGUGACCAAGGUUAAUCUUUAUAGUGUGAAAGUGGUUUGUCUACAAUAUUGGAGCUAGUUUGAAUACAUACCUCAUUUCUUUCAGCCGAGGAAAGGCUUUUCAAAGUAAAUUCUUAGUUUUAUUCAGCCCAGGAUGGGCAUUGUUUGAAGGAAAUAUCCAGGUGGUUAAAUACAAAUUAGAUUUAAUCAUGCUCCUUGCACUGGGCAAGUAGUAAGGAUUUUUGAGACAGACACACCUAGCCUAUAGAGGAGACAGGUACCUUUUCCAAGGGCCUCUUUGACUUUUUUUCGACAUGAGUUUCUCUACAUGAGUUAUUAAUUUCAAGAGUUUGUUUUCAAGUGAUUUCAAGGCAAAAGGAAAGACCUGCAAUUGUAAUGACAGGCAAAUUCUUCAUUACGAUGAAUUUUCUCAAGCAUUUAUAAAGAGCACCAACGAUGGCACGUAGUCUGGGGCAGGAGACACACCCCAUCCAACUCUGAUCCAACUACCAGUAAACUCAGCACUCAGGAGUCAUGUACGAUCAUCACGACACAGCUUCGUCUUAACUACAUAAAGGAUUCUCAACGUCAAAUCUUCAAGCGGUGACGUAUGACAUUUGAUCAAUUGAGAGAGUGACACAACUAUGAAACAUUUGGAACGAUUUUGAGCGGUGUCAUUUUGAGAGACUAUAAAUCCAUCUUAGUUUGUGAGAGUUAUAAUGCGGUUCGUUUUUCAAGUUUAAAAAGGUUCAUUUCGUAAAUCAGUUUGUUGUUAUAUAUUUUUGUUUUAGGUUUGUACUCUGGUAUAUUAUAAAGUCAUAGAAGAAUAGUAAAACAAACUUUGGAUUGAUGUUUGUUUGUAAUCUGGUGUAUUGAGAAGAAAAGGGUAGCAAGACAAGACUUAUGAAUAAUUAAAUACAUCAGUAUUGGUGAUAGAACAUAGAUCUUUUGAGUCUGUUAGUUUUUUUUUUGUUUAUCUUUGAUGAGUGAAUUUGCAAAGUAUAGUUAUUUUCAUGUG